AUGAAAAAUGGUGGGUUUAAUUCCCAGAGAUCGAAAGAUUUUGGAUAUGAGGGGGUAGAGGGAACAAGACAGAAUACGAAAGGGAGACAGAGAAGUCGAAGGAAUGACAAAAAGAAAGACAAUGUCUUAGAGAAGAAGAAUAAUACAACACAAAAUAUUAGCAAGAAAGAUGAGAACAAAGAGGAUGCAUCAGGUUGUAAAGAUGGUUGUGUGUAUGUAAGGGCCAAGAGGGGUCAAGCCAUAGACAGUCAUAGUCUUGCUGAAAGGGUAAGAAGACAAAAAAUUAGUGAAAAGAUGAAGCUCUUGCAAUCCAUUGUUCCUGGUUGUGACAAGAUAGCAGGAAAAAUCCCAACACUAGACAACAUAAUAGAGUAUAUUCACACAUUACAGGAUCAAGUCAAGUCCCUAAUGACAGAGAUUGCUUUGGUUGAUCCCACAUUUGAUGUCAAUUAUCUUGCCUUAGAAUCGAUUGUGACACAUCUAGAGAAUUCGUAUGCUACGACUGAUGGUUCAGAAUGCACAAGGUUAGCAACUCAAUAUCAGUCCAUCCCUUUGUAUGGAAGCAGUGCUCAGGCGGUAUCUGCACUUCCCUCACCUUGGCUUGCUCUUUUAGAAGACCGGGAAUAUACAAUUUAA